AUGACUGCAUCAACAUCAUCAAUCAACGCACUCGUGUCAAUUGGUAACCCAGCAUUGACCACCACGAUAAAUCGAUCGCUCGAAGAGAUUUCCGAGGUGUUCGAGAAAUACUCUGAGGAUGCACCCGAGAAGAAGUUUGAGGCGACUGAUAUUGAGUGUAUUGAGCAUCAGAGGAAGGAGAAGGAGUAA